AUGCAAAGGGUAUGCUUCAAAUUCGACGACAAACGUCUUCUUGCCGUCCAUUUCACCGUGUCCGACGGAGUGAAGAAUAAAGAACGCGAAGCGACCACUGAUCCAUUCGUUUCCGGAUGGAAAAUCGUCGACGUCGACGUUAAUGAAUCCCCGUUCAACGUCGAGGCGCUAUCAGACCCAAGACGAAAUCCAUUCGAUGUGCAGUCGGACAACUGUGAAUUAUGCUUGUCCCUACAGCGAAAUGCUGUCUACUUUCACCGCUGA